AUGUCCGUCGCGUCGCCCACCAAGACCAAGAAGCAGCCGUCGCGCGCAUCGAGCCAUCGCUCUACCCUCUCGGUGCAGAAGAGCGAAAUCCGGAUCCACGUCUACGACCUGCUGCCGCCGGGUAAAGUUUCGUCGCUGCUAUGGACCCUCGGCAGCGGCCUGCUGCACUCGGGCGUCGUGAUCAAAGACAAGGAGUAUGCCUACGGUGGUCACGACCGCCGCGGCAUCACCGGCGUCUACUGGACCAGGCCACGACUCGAGCCGCCCGGCGGCACCUUCAGAUGUGAGGUGCUGCAGGGCUUCUCCUUCCUGACCGACGAUGAGCUCGCUGCCGUCAUAAAAGAGGCCUCAGAGAAGUUCCAGGGCACCGCCUACAACCUGCUGACCUUCAACUGUAACCACUUCACCUCGUAUCUGUGCGAAAAGCUCACUGCAAGGCCUGCGCCGCGAUGGCUCAACCGCGCAGCAAGCAUCGGUGUAGCCCUGCCUUGCGUUGUGCCGCGGGAGUGGAUUGCCCCUCCCGACCAUGAUACCGCUGAUGGUGAGCUCCUGGACGAUGACGAUGAGCGCGCAGCAAUGCUGCACGCCACUCAAUCACAGAGUGCCCUGCACCUUACCGAUUCCCAGGACCAGUAUUCGACCGACGAGGAGGUGGAGAGCAGUCGACCGAGGAACGCAGGCAAGCGGUCGACAUCAUCCACCGAAGUUGGUCGCCCACGGCGCUCUUCGAUCAAGGACACUAGUGGGCGCGACAUUCCUGCCAGCGAACGCGCUCCCGUGCAUGGCAGGUCUUGA